AUGAUGGUGCACUGUGCCGGCUGUGAGCGGCCCAUCCUCGACCGCUUUCUGCUGAACGUGCUGGACCGCGCGUGGCAUAUCAAAUGUGUUCAGUGCUGCGAGUGCAAAACCAACCUCUCGGAGAAGUGCUUCUCCCGGGAGGGCAAGCUGUACUGUAAAAACGACUUCUUCAGGCGCUUUGGCACAAAGUGUGCCGGCUGUGCGCAAGGUAUCUCUCCCAGCGACCUCGUGCGUAAGGCCAGGAGCAAAGUCUUCCACCUCAACUGCUUCACCUGCAUGGUAUGCAACAAGCAGCUGUCCACCGGAGAGGAACUCUACGUGAUUGACGAGAACAAGUUUGUGUGCAAGGACGACUACUUAAGUUCCUCCAGCCUCAAGGAGGGAAGCCUCAACUCGGUGUCGUCCUGUACGGACCGCAGUUUGUCCCCGGACCUCCAGGAUCCGUUACAGGAUGACCCCAAAGAGACCGACAACUCGACCUCAUCGGACAAGGAGACCGCUAACAACGAGAAUGAGGAACAGAACUCUGGCACCAAACGGCGGGGCCCGCGCACCACCAUCAAGGCCAAGCAGCUGGAGACGCUCAAGGCGGCCUUCGCAGCCACGCCCAAGCCCACGCGCCACAUCCGCGAACAGCUGGCACAGGAGACAGGCCUCAACAUGAGGGUCAUUCAGGUGUGGUUUCAGAACCGAAGGUCCAAAGAACGCCGCAUGAAACAACUGAGCGCUCUGGGUGCCCGGAGACACGCCUUCUUCCGGAGUCCGCGGCGCAUGCGUCCCCUGGGCGGCCGCUUGGACGAGUCUGAGAUGUUGGGGUCUACCCCAUACACUUAUUACGGAGACUACCAAAGCGACUACUACGCUCCGGGAGGCAACUACGAUUUCUUCGCGCACGGCCCGCCGUCACAAGCGCAGUCCCCGGCCGACUCCAGCUUCCUGGCAGCAUCGGGACCUGGCUCGACGCCGCUGGGCGCGUUGGAACCGCCGCUGGCCGGGCCUCACGGCGCGGACAACCCCAGGUUCACCGACAUGAUCUCGCACCCGGACACGCCGAGCCCCGAGCCGGGCCUGCCUGGCGCGCUGCACCCCAUGCCGGGAGAGGUGUUCAGCGGCGGGCCCAGCCCGCCCUUCCCCAUGAGCGGCACCAGCGGCUACAGCGGACCCCUGUCGCACCCCAACCCUGAGCUCAACGAAGCGGCCGUAUGGUAA